AUGAUAUUAGAAGCGCCAAACGUCACUGAUCACCUCGGACCCGUGACAAUUGAAUCGUUAGGGUUGCCUAAGUUCUUUGACUGUCUGCAGAACAAAACCAACUUAACAAGUGUAGUUGGGUACGCGCCCGGAGUAGCUAGUGUUAACGUUAACGUUUCUAUGACUGAGCUAGGUGACUAUAAUCAGACAUUGAUCGACGAGUGCUGCGACACUAAUAGCUUCAGUCUCACUCAAUUCGACUACCUAGUUUUCAGGGAGAACUGGGACGACGAUUAUAUGCCGAUCGCUCAAGCUGGAUCCGAUCAAACUAUAGUGAGGAGCAAUAUUGUUGGCGAGAUUGGGAGUGCCAAUCCCGAGAUUAACGGCGUUCUUAGUCCAGCUGGUACGACUGGCGACGCUGAUUGGCUCAUGAAACGGGGCACUAACAUGGUUAUAAACUUCCAGAGCAGUUCAUAUCAGGGACAGACAGUGUGCAAUGCUUUUACGGACGUCUGUGUAAAUAGAUGUAAAGCUACUAAUGCCAUAGGUACUUCUACCACACGCAGUGGGAUCAACCAUGCUGGUGGUUAUUCUCACCAUCAGUGCACUUAUAAGGGACGCGAUGACUACAAGCAGGUAAACAGUGUCCAUCAUAAGAAUACUAUGUACUGGGCUUACGGCGAUGCGUCACACUGGUUGUAUUCUGGCGGUAUGUCCACGUCUAAUAUGGGCAAUUACUAA